AUGGAAAAAUUUCCGUCUGCGAAGCUGGAAAAAUCGGACAAUGAAGAUCACUUUCCACAAAAUCUAUAUUACCAUUCAAGAUCAGAAGCCUUGGAAAAUAUAAUGGAAGAACCUAUGAGUGGCAAGCGGGCAAAAAAGGGUAAAGAUUUUAUAAUUAGUGACGAUAAACAAGAUAACUGUCCACCAAGGCUACGUUUCGUUUCAAAAUCUGAGGACAUGAAAAUACCUGACACUUUUCCGUCUGCUACAUUUGCACCUUGGCAUGUUGAACAAAGUAAAAAAGGAUGUGUUAAAAUUCCCGAGGAAGUACAUCGGAAGAUGGACAUUGACAAUACUGAAUACUGGACUAAAAUUCUAGAGAACAUAAAUUGGAAGAAGGACAGUGUCAAAAUUGAAGAAAUUACUAAAACUCCUGAGAAUGUAAAAUGGGAGGAUGACAUUGGCAAUAUUGGAGAAACUGUGAAGGAACAUGCUCUUCAUUUCCUUCCAGCAAAGUCACUCUACAAAUUCAGAAGUGUUUCAAAACAAUGGAAUAAGUGGAUAGAAAGUCCGUUUUUCGCCCAUCAGCAAUCUGCAUACUUCAAAUAUGUUUCUGGUCUACUAUGUCAGGUUCCUGGGGAAUCCCCUUCUUUCAUUUCGUUGGAUCGAGCUUCUUCGGGCAUUCCUAGUGACUCCCUCAGUUUCUUGCCGGAACCUGUCGAAAUCCGAACCAGCUGCAAUGGCCUGCUCUGCUGCCAGGGCCGAAUCAAGGACCAAGCCUAUUACAUCUGCAACCCUGUGACUAAGGAAUGGAAGAUGCUUCCAAUGCCACAACUCUAUCAUGGACCAGGAUCAGCUUUAGUGCUGGCUUUUGAUCCUUCUUUGCUCAAUUUCACUGCACGUUAUGAGCUUGUCUGUGCUGUUAUUCUGCCUGAUGUUCCGAUUUUAAUGUUCGAGAUUUACUCUUCAACAACGAACUCUUGGAGAACCAGUGAGACACUUUACUGCGACAUUAAUUCUGCAGGAUUGGUCGGUGAUGGAUUAUAUGUGAAUGGGUUUGCCUACUGGGUAACAUAUUCCGGUGUGGUGUUGGGAUUUCAUGUCAGCUAUGAACAUUUCGGAACUUUCAAUCUCCCACCCUGCAGUGGACUAACAAGUGGCGUUUUAACAGAGAUGCACGGGGGUUUGUUCUACCUUCUGUCGCGUAAACAAGGAGAAGAACACAAUGUUGAAGUUUAUGGAGACAUGAGUAUGGAUCUGAAGGAAGUGAUUAGCCUGAACCUGAAGCAAAUUGGAAAUGUUCUGCUUCAGAUUCGUAUUCUGAGUUUCGUGAAUGAUGAAACGCUGAUUCUUGAUGUUGGAGGUAGAAUUGUGGCUUAUAAUGUAAGGUCACAUGAGUUUGAGUGUCUGGCGGAGGUAGAUAAUGCCGGAUUUUGCAAGUAUCUGCCGUAUGUGAACAGCAUUGUUCCUGUGACUUGUUCUGCUGCUGCUGAAUGGUAUAAUUAGCCAUCUCUCUCUCUGUUUCAGUAUGGCUGCAGAUGUUUUAUUUGAUUAACAUUUUAGUAAAUAAACAGUGGACAUAGUUAUUUGUUUUUCUACUUGUAAUUGUUGGUUUAGGUACUGCUAGUUUUA